UCAAUAAAUAAAGCAGGUAGAUAAAUAUACAAAAUAACAAUUACCAACAUAUAAAUUAUAAUUGUUUAAAAUUAUAAACUAAUAAUUUUAAUAUUAUGUCUUAAAUAGGAAAAAAAAUUAUAUAUCAUGCAAAAAAAUUGCAUUUUGUUCAAAAAGUGGUUGAAGAUAACUAUCAUGUGAAAAAUGUAUGAAAAAACUUAAAAAAGAUGAAGACACAAGUAUGCAAUAUGUGUUUUGAUAAAAGAUUAAAGGGAACAUUAAGGUUUAUAAAAAUAUAUAUAUAUAUAUAUAUUUGAAUACUUUGUAAAUCAUAUUUUAAUCAUCAAAAUUAAAUUUAAUUAUUUAUAUGAUUUAAUUUUUUAUCAGGCAUAUAAAAUUAUAAAUUAUAGAUUAUAAUAUAUUCUUUAUAAAAUGAGUUCCCGUGCGAUAUCGCACGGGCUCUUUGCCUAGUAUCUACAAUAUUAAUACAAGUAAAUGCGUAUAAUCUUUUUGAUUAAGUAAAUGUGUAGAAUCUGUUAAAAAAAAUUGUGUAGAUCUCUAAACAUGUUUUUAAUAAUUAAUUAUUUACUAGUAGUAUAUUAAAGAAAAUAUACUUUGCGUCCUUUCAUUUAUUAUUUUUGUAAAGUAAAAUGUUAAGAAGAUCCGCUCCCCAAGUGGAGUUUUAAGUUUCUACACAUUAAAAAGUUUACGAAAAAAGUAAUAGAUUUUAUUCAAGAAAGUAUUUUCACAUUAAGGAGGUGAGGAUACAUCGAGUAGAAGUGGUGGAUGAGAAGAUGGUGACUACGAUGAAACAAGUAGUGGUGGGGCCGAUGUUACAUAUGAAGUUGAUUGAGGUGGAAAAAUAGGCGUAGUGAGUAGUGACCAGAGGUGAAGUUGACUGAGUAAUGAGUGAAUGGAGUAAUAUGAUAUGUAGAGAAGCUAGUGGAGUUGUCGUUGGAGUUCAUGGAGGAAGAGAAUAAACCACAACAUGGGGUGGAGGAGAAGAAUAGCAUGUGGGAGGAGGUGAGGAGACGAAUUAUGGUGACUGUGGUGGAGGAGAAGACGAUGGCGGCAAUGAGACAACUGCUGGUGGUGAUGAUGCCAAUGAUACAUGUGGGAUAACAACAAACAUUAUAUUCUAUGGGUCUAUAAUAAAUAAAAACACAAUACAGUGCAUCGUUUUGUAACAAACAGCGGCGGCGGAAAAUAUGCAUUUGACGACGGUGGAUGAAGGGAUGUUGUUGUUCGUACAGGAGAUGAGGGAAGGUAUAAGGAGGUGAGAAGACGAUGGGUGGUACGGUGGUGCAGGAGAAGGGGUGGCAGCGAUUAAAUAACAUACACCAAUUAAGCUAUGUUUUAGUAGAUAGUAACAUGAAAAUUACAUCAGUUAAGCAUUAAAGGUACAAAACAGGCAAAUUACAACAACAAAAAUACUAGUAUGGCUAUUGUAUUAAGAACCAAGAGGUUAAAAGCCCAAAAAAAUUAGAUAGCAUAUUAUUUCUUUAUAAUAUUUCAGAGGGAUUUAUUGUAUUGGCAUGUUGUUAUUUUGCUUGGGAUUAAAGACAUAUGAAAAGUACGACACAAGAUAAUCAUGUGUUGAUGUUGAAGGAAACCAAAUAAAGUGCAUAAUAUAACCAUUAAAUAAAGAAAAAAUUGCCAAAACAGAAUAGAAAAACAAGUACAUUGUCCCUUUGCCAUAAAUCUCUUUUUGGUCAGAUUUGGACUUAGGUACCCCUGAUGAACUUUGAAAAAUCAUAUCAAUUAUUUUAAGAAUCCUAAAAAUAUGGAAAAAUAUACAAAAUGUAUAUAAACAAGAGACAAACAUAUGAAAAAUACUUUGGUUGACUAAAUAAUUGUGGAACACAAUUUCAUAUUUUGGUCUACCGAUGGCAGAAAACAUAAUCUAGUGUCUACGAGGAUGUAGAUUGCAUAUUCGGUUAACUACAUAAAUAUCUGCAAACACCAGAACUUUAAAUCGACCAUUUGUUAUAAUUCUAGCAUGAUAGAAUUGAACGACUACUCUUUCUUUUAUUUCUGAACUACGGUAGACAUGGUAGAAGUAAACGACUACCAUAACUUUUAUUUCUGAACUACGGUAGAUUUGAUUAACUAUUAUUUCCUGAUAUAACUACAGAGGCCAAAUGACAAAAUCUGCCAUGUUUCACGAGUCUGCCAUAAUAUUAUUCCAUAAUCUACCACAUUCCUUUAUUCUUCGGACAACGUAAUGUACGUUCUACGAAUUUCGAAUUGUAUAGUUUCCUUAAAUAUCUCCAUAAUCUGGUAAGAGAAUAUCUUCUAAAUCUAUUUUCCUUAAAUUUCGUGUAUUCCAAGUAAAUUUUUUUAAAAAAAAUCGUGGUCUUCUUCUUGGUGAGAGGAUUUUGAUAUUUUUCAUCCAAAAAUUUUGAAUUUCUUGUUGAAGAAGAUGCAUAUCUAUGCUUCUUGUGGGUUGUGGAAAUUUGAUCCCCUUAAAGGAUGGGGAUUUGCGGUUGAUACGAACAAACGAGGUAGAGUAUUGUACAUGGAAUUGACAAGUUCCUUUGAAGACCUAAGGCGUAUGGUUUUAGAAGAUUUUGGAAUUGACCAAAACUUGUCGAGCUUGAGUUAAGCUACUUACCUAUGGAGUUAAUCGGUUCAAUAGACUGUCCCCAAGUUAUCAUUGAGAGUGAUCGGCAAGUCAAAAAUUUUCUUACUUAUGUACGUGGAAAAACUUCUACAAGGUUGUGUGUGUCUACUUCACCUAUCAGUGGAAACAACAGCAACAUUGGGGUUGAUAAUGAGAAAUCUAGCUCGCCUAUCAGAGAACAAGGUGGACCUUCCUCGUUUCCACCUCGAGCUGACAGUGUUCGUUCAUCUGAAUCAAGCAAGGAUGUUGAAGAUAAUUCCAACUCAAACGCCAAUAAAGAAGAUGAUGUUCUCGCCAUUAAAGCAAAAGAAGACGAUAAUGAAAAAAGUGUUCGGUUUUCUUUGGUGGAUGUUGUGAAGAGGGGUGAAACGUUUCAAAACAAAACCAUGUUGAAAGCAACUACGGAAAUGUCGGCAAUGACGCAUAAUUUCGAUUACAAAGUUGUGAAAUCUGACAGAAACCUUUGGUACAUCCGAUGCAAAUACAACCCUUGCAAAUGGAGUGUUCGAGCUGAGGGGUUAUCAGGUUCCACAUAUUUCAUCAUCAAAAAAUAUGUGGCGGAUCAUACAUGCGCUGCGUCGAGUAUGAAUAAUGGUGGUCGGACAGCUUCUGCAAAGACAAUUGGCAGUCUAAUAAUGCAUAGGUAUGAUGGUGUGAAAGAAGGUCCCAAAACAAAUGAUGUCAUACAGAUUAUGAGGAUGGAACAUGGAUGUGAGAUAUCUAAGUCCUUAGCAUGGGAUGCUCGGGAGUUUGCAAUUAGCAUGGUUAGAGGUAUUCCAGAGAAGAGUUUUGGAAAAAUUCCAAAGUACUUGCACAUGCUGAGAGAAGCUAAUCCAGGAACGCAUACGUUUUAUGAAACCGGUGUUGAUGGUAGAUUCAGAUUUCUCUUCGUUUCGUUUGGCCAAUCAGUACGAGGUUUUCAGACAGCCAUGCGACAAGUUCUUGUGGUAGAUGGGACAUUUUUGAAGAGCAAAUACAAAGGGGUCUUACUUGCUGCGACCGCUUUAGAUGGAAACUCUAACUUGUAUCCUGUUGCGUUUGCGGUUGUGGACUCAGAAAAUGAUCGUUCAUGGGAUUGGUUUAUGAGACAGCUAAAGGUUGUUAUUGCGGACGAGCAUUCUCUAGCUUUUGUGUCAGACAGAAAUACCUCACUUUGUAAGGCAAUAGAGAAUGUGUAUCCUCUUUCUCAUCAUGGAAUUUGCAUCCACCAUUUGUUGAAUAAUGUGGUCACACAUUACAGAGGAAAAGGACUGGCUGGAUUGAUUGCAAAAGCUUCUAAAGCUUAUAGAGUCAUUGAUUUUCAGAAGCGAUUCCAAGCUGUCUGCAAUAUUAGUCCAGCUAUUGGAAAAUAUUUAACAGAUGCAGAUGUUACAAAGUGGGCUCGCUGUCAGUUUCCAGGAUUCAGGUAUGACAUCAGAACGACUAACCCAGCUGAAUCAAUAAACUCUGCUUUGCGCACACCAAGAGAGUAUCCAGUCAUUCCUUUGUUGGAUAGCAUCAGAGAAAUGCUGACCCGUUGGUUCUUCGAACGGCGCACACGAAGCAGGAAGCACACAAAACCAUUAACUAUUGCCAUCGAGAAAAAGAUAGACAGGCGGAUUAAUAAGGGUAAAACGUUUCUGGUUCAGCCAGUUGAUGAGUACCGUUUUUUGGUUCGUGGAGAUACAAUCGACUGCCUGGUUGAUUUGGAUAGAAGAACCUGCUCAUGUGGGAAAUACGACCUACUGAAAAUCCCAUGUAGACACGCAAUCAAGGCUGGUUUAACAGUUGGUCGAGCCCCAUCCUCACUAACGGAUGAAAUGUACACGACUUCCACUUGGAGCAAAUAAAUAACAUUCAUCAAUUCUUCUUAUAUCUUCCCGACAACAAGUUUUUUUUUUAUUUGACAUCUGAAUUUUAUUAGUCAACUGAGUUAAACAAUAACUCAGAGAAUACAUCAAAGACAAAGGUCCAAAGAUAAAAAAGGAGACAAACCAGCAAAACAUAAUAUUUGCGAGACAAAGCCCAAAGAUGGGAGACAAAAAGUUAAUUAAGACUUACACAACAUACGACAAGGAAGGACCAAACUACUCAAGGGAUAAGCCAUAAUUCGAAAGGAUUCAAUCAAAUCCGCUGUCUAAAGUCACUCUCAAGACCACUCCACUCACACACCAGUCCCAGUAUCUACAGACUAAAGACCGGGUACCUCCUCGCAAGAGAAGACCUGAAGAUCAAUAUCACUGCCAUGCCAAGAACCCGAACCAAGACCAAUAGUCGUAGAAAAGAGCUAGUAGAUGCAUCGCAGCAAUAACACGUCUGAAAAACAAAACCCAGAACGAAACCUUGCCAAACUCACCGACCUUAGUAGGGGUGGGCGUUCGGGUUCUGGUUCGGUUCGGAUCUAAUCGGGUUUCGGAUUUUUGGGCUUAAAGAUUUCAGCCCCAUUUCGGUAUUUCUAAAUUUCGGUUCGGAUUCGAUGCGGAUCUUUGCGGAUUCGGUUCAGGUUCGGAUAAUACAUUUUAAAUUAUUUUUAAAAUUUUAAUAUUCAUUAUAUGCUUAAAAUUUCUCAAAAUCUAUAAAACAAAAUAAUAUAUUACAUAUAAAUUUGUAUAAUAUAUGUCAAAAUAUCUAAAAUUAACAUAUAAAUUGGGUUGAUUUGAAUAUUUGGAUAGAAAAUCAAUAGAUAUUUUAAGCAUUUUGGUGUUUUGAAUAUAUUUUAGCUAUUUUAGACAUUUACUUUUGACUAUUUAUGUAUAUAUUCAAGUAUUUUAGACAACUUAAAAGUAUAUUAUAUUUUUGGAUGUAUUUAAUAUAUAUUAAAUCUAAAAAUAAGUAAUAUAUUUAGGUAUAUAAAUCUAUUUCGGUUACAUUCGGGUACCCGAGAUACUUUGGUUUGGGUCAGGUUCGGUUUCGGUUCUUUGGAUACCAAAAUUUUGAACCCGUUCGGAAAUUUAAUCAAUUUCGUUUCAGGUUCGGUACAGUACUACUUUUUCGGAUCAGGUUCGGUUCGGUUCUUCGGAUCCAGGUUUUUUGCCCAGCCCUAGGCCUGAGAACUCAGAACAGCAAAGCGGAAAAGAUGAACCAAGAACCAAGGCCAAACAACAUCAGAGAGAAGAUCAGUGAUGGAAAAAGCCGGUACCGAUGCUAAAUGAACCUAACGCUACACCCUCUGAAAAGAUCAAACUCCAUUGAACUAGGCCUCAUAACAUAAUAAACAAAGCUAUGGCCCAUAAGAAGGAAGGCCCAGACCAAGCCUUUAAAAGCGGAAGGAAAGACAAAUCUACAAGUCUUGAGAACAUGUGUACAUUUGAGCAGGAAAAAAGACACGUGCCAAGAAAGGACAAAUCCCACCGUCCAAACAUAUCGACUCAGAGAAUGUCGGCGGAAACCCCGACACCACUAGAAAACCGCAAAGCUUCAACAAGCUGAUGGCGGAGACCGAAUCGGAGAAGCCAACAUCACCAGAAAACCAAAGCCGCCAUAUCAUUAACAAAAAAAACAACACUUCAAUCUGUGGAAUGAUAAACUAGUAUCAAUCUCCCAAAUCAAUCAAAUAACAUCAGACAUCAGAUCUUGCACUUCCAAAGCCGGGAAGGAUGAAAGGAAGAAAAGAAGAGACUCCGAUGAUGAAUGACCCAACUGAAACUAUUAGAGAGGAGUAAAGAAGCGAUUGAACAAAAAUCACCGGAAAAAACCGGGACUGGUGCUAGCCGACACCACCGUAGAAGAACGAGGUGACGCCAGAAACAAAGCCGGCCAAAAGGUGCUAAAGGAGCCACCAAUUGCCAGAGUCUAAGCCAGAGUCUUUCGCCGACGAGAAUCCGACGCCUCUAAUUAGUUUCUCCCCCUCUGAAUGAUUUUUGAUGGAUAAAGGCAUCUCCGGUAUCACUUUGUUUUUCAUUUUUAAAUAGAGUUUAGUAUAAAAGUACUCCAAUGGUACUCUAUUUUAUACUCUAUAAUAGAGUAAAAAAUGAGUUUACGUAAGUUAUUUUUUCUUUCUUCAUCACUCUAUUUUACACUAUAAAAUAGAGUACCAUUGAAGUAUAACUCCACUCUAUAAUAGAGUUAUUCUAUAAUAGAGUUACUCUAUUUUAAAUUGAAAAUAAAGUGAACAAUUGAAUAGGGGUGGGCAUUCCGAAGUGGCAUCCGAAAAACCCAAACCGAAAUCCCAACCGAAGUAUCAGAAUAUCCAAACGGGUAUUGAAUUAGGAGAGAUUGGAUAUCCGAACCCGAACGGGUAAUAUCCGAACCCGAAUGGAUAUCCGAAAAUAACCGAACAUAUGUAUAAUUAACCUUAUAUUUCUAGUUUACAUCUCUCAUUUUAUA